AUGACGAAGUUUGUGGGAAGGUGUCUGAGUUUGCUUAGGAAGAAAGAAGGAAGUGGUGGAUGUGGCAGCCUGAAUCAUGCCCUUAAGUAUUCAUUCCAGACAUGGUGCCAGGCUGGAGCUCUCCAUGAAGAUAAAUGCCCAUCUCGAGCAGCAUUCUGUUCUGAUUCACUUUUAAGUGGUUCUGGUGGAAUAAAUACCUUUGUUGCAAGGUAUAGAAAGGAAUAUCAAACAACGGAUGGUGUCAGGAAGUUAGGUGACCAGCUGAACAAUCUCCAAAUUGCAUUGUUUGAUGCCCUCUCUGGUCUCUUUGGGUAUAAAGAAAUAGCCAAAAAAUAUGGUCAUGAGGCUAUUAAAGCUUGUAAAGCAUGCAUAAUGCCCUUGUCACUUCAACCGCCUCAUACCAAUGCAUCAUAG